AUGCCAAACAUCAUACGUAAAGUAACAAGAGCAACAAUGAUCAGGCAAUAUCUAAAGUUCUGUGAAGAAGAACAAUACAAACCCCUAAGUCGCGCAAGUCUAUUUCGUGUUCUCGAAGUACGGGAGGCCUCACAACAGAAAUUCUUGAGUGGUUUAGACAACACAGCUGCUGAUGGGUCAGCGGCAUUCGAGCGCCUACAAAGAAUAGUAGAGGAGCUUGGUCAUAUUGGCCUAGAGAAGAGCUUGGCAGAUGAUAUAAGUAGAUCUUUUCGGGACGGUAAGAAGUAUUUGAAAACAGAAUAUCAGAAGAAUUGCAAAGAUAAUGAGAGCUCAUGUCCAGAUCAUUGCCGUAAGUUGGGUCUAAGUGACCCGAAUGAUCCAAAUUUUCAAGAGAAAUGUAUACAUGAACAUACUCUUAGCUGCCCUCAAUGUGAUGACAUCACUUCCUGUUUGCAUAAAUUGCAACAAACCGUCAAUGACAGUGAAAGCUUACGCUUUUACAGCAAAGAACAGAAAGAAGACUUCCUGUACGACAUGGAGAAAGCUUCGGAUGCUAUUGUACAGUGGAAAGCCCACAUUAUGAGAGCUGUAAUCCAGGAAUGGGCGAAACAAGAUAUACUGGCAGAGCUUGAUCAGAAUUCGUGCCUUCUAGUAAUGGAUUGGGCUAUGAAGUUCUUGCAGCUUCGUUACAGAGAAAAAAAACUGAUUGGUAUGGCAAGAGAGGGCUCAGCUGGCACAUCACUAGUGUCGUGA